AUGUCCGCCGAUACCGAUAUGUGGUCACCAAAAGAACAAUACCUAAAAGAGAUGGUAUCCGACACCAAUAAAUCAGAAAUACUUCAAGCAGAACUUCAUACACCCACGACUCCAUACAACUUGCUGCAAGAGAUCGAAUUAACAGAUUUGAACAUUAAUAGCAAUACCGAUACCAGAAAAAAGAUUAAAGCACGUUCAUUAUGGGAAAAUGCGCCGUGUUUAGUGCUUGUUGUUCGUAGACCAGGAUGCUGGCUAUGUCGUCAAGAGGCAAUCAAAUUAGCCACAUAUCGAGAAUUAAUAACGAAUAAGCUUGGAAUAGAUAUGAUUGCGGUUGUGCACGAAACCGUUAGAAACCAAGUGAGCGAUUUCAAUAUGGACUACUGGAUGGGUUCGAUUUAUCUGGACGAGAGCAAAGGAUUUUAUCGUGCGCUUGGAAAUGGUGAAUUGAAAUGGGAGUCGCCAUUCGCUAUGCUUAAACCAACAGUAUUGAUGAAUUAUCGUCGUCAAAAGAAAGAAACUGACUGCGACGGCAACAUGGUAGGCGAAGGACGAAUUCUUGGGGGUCUUCUCAUCAUGAAACCAGGGGAUCAAGGUGUCGCAUUCGAUUAUCACGAGAAAACCUUUGGCGACCACGCACCGCUCGAACAUGUCUUACAGGCUUGUUAUCAAGUGUCGUUAAAGAAAAAUACGAAUCCAGAUUUAAAGCAGCAAGUCGAGAAAGAAGUUGAAAAAUUGAAGAACGAGGGAUUUAAGCGGGUCGAAGUUUGUUCUGUUGAUGGUUUAUGUGAAUUAUAA